ACAGUCCUCCUUGCGCUCUGUAGUUCCCUCGUCUGAGAGACAGAGAGAGAGAGAGAGAGAGAGAGGGAGAGGUCUUUCCCGGUUGUAUUCAUCAGUGGUCCGUCGCUCCAGGUCCUUCUGCGGCUCAAGCAUCACCCCCAAGUGUCCUCAUCGAAAAGGAGCACCGGAGUGCAGCGGGCGCGUGACCAGCAGAGCUCCGGAUUAGGGUGGCACACUCUAUAGCAUGCCGGCGACGAAACGUCUUAAACGGUGAACGGGCACAUUCUCUUGGGUGCGCCGGAGCUUGUCUCCAUAGGCAUUACCUCUUCAUCUUAUUGUGCUUCUGAUUGUCCACGCGAGGCACAAACCCCCAAGUGGCGCGUCUUUGUCUAGCGGUGCACUUCAGGAAAAUCAUGAAAGACGGCAUGGCAAACAACAGCACAGCCAGCAUAUCUCAGGCAAGGAAAGCAGUGGAACAGCUCAAAAUGGAAGCCUGUAUGGACAGGAUAAAGGUGUCCAAGGCUGCAGCGGAUCUGAUGGCAUAUUGCGAUGCUCACAUAAGAGAAGACCCUCUUAUUGUCCCUGUGCCAGCAUCUGAAAACCCUUUCCGGGAGAAGAAAUUUUUCUGUACCAUACUUUGAAACCUAUGUCCUGUGUAAGUCCAUCCACCUAGCUGGCGGUGGGAAGCAGUCAAGACCAUCCAGGAGUUGAUAUUUGAGCAACAGUUGCAAUCCCGCUACCUAUAAGAGCAGUUUGCAGUUUGGUAGCUGCAGGGGACACUGAGGUUCAAUAGUUGGUGUUAUUUGAGUGUCUGUGUUUUGUUUAGGUUAAUUAUGCUUAUUUGUAGAAAACAAGCAUCACUCAGUGGUAAAAAUAAAAGAAUUUCUGUAAGUGAUUUAGCUUUUAGAUCCACAGGAAGAGAAAGUGGAAAAGAGAAACUUUCAAGUUAUCUAGAUACUGUCCAUUGUGUCCUGAGUUUUAUGAGGCAUGUAAAGAAGCUCUUUUUACUUUCAUUAUUACCUGCCUGGUUUGACAUUUUAAAAUAUGAAGCAGAAAAAACCCACAUUUGAAUUUCUGGAUGCAGCAUUUUCACACACUGAGUUGAGCAUAUUAGGUUGCCAACAGUACAUUUCAGCUACAGUAGCACAGCGCACAGCACACAGCAUCAAACUGACGUGCAAACUUCCCACUGAUGGCCUCAACUAUACAUUUCUCAAAUAAGAGAGUAAUGGCAGGCAUCACCAUUCUUUGAAGUCUUCACUUCUAAUGCCGCAUGUUGUGUUCAGCCUUUAGACACAUCAUCAGGGUACUGGCACUGAAAAACAUCAAAUAAAAGACUAACUGCUUUUUUUUAAUUUAUGCAUUUCUGAAAUUCAUUUAAAGUGAACCUUCCUUGUGCUACUCUUGUUUCUGGUAAGUGGAACUUGCCUGUACUUUGGUGACAUCAUUUGUUUAAAAUGGAAUUAUUAUGUGUACGUCUGAUCCAAUUUUCCUCCUAGUUUGUUUUUUUUUUUUAAAUUUUAUAAGAAGAUGUGCAUUUUUAAAAGGCAUUGUUUUAUAUUCUAACAAAUGAACACAAAACUAAAUUUAAAUAUAGUGCCUUUCCAAUUUGAAAACCAUCCUAAGGCAUUUUCCAGUGUGCAUCCGCCUUUAUAUUUGUAGUCACGGAGCACUGGCAGGUAAUUGGGAUGAAACUGGCAACCUUGGGGAUCAGUCCAGUGCUGCAGCCAAGUACAUGAAAGGCCUUCUGCGCUCCGGACACAGUGAGCCUUUGUGAAGGUGUUCACAAUCUAAACUAUAUGUAUCAUUUAGUGCACAGAAGACUUGAUUAUUACAUUUCUCACAAAUUGAGGUUGGAAACAUUUCAUGUAAAACAAUCCAUUCCUACUUUUUGUUGCAGUGAACACUGCUAAAUGUUUUUAAGUAUUAGUGUUUUAUUAGCCUGUGUGCAAAAUAUCAGUUAAAAACAAACAAACAAACAAACAAACGCCUUAUCUGUUAGCUGUGGUGACUGUUCUCCAUUUACAAGAGUCUACCUUGUUAAUCUAGCAGGUUAUGAUGUAAGAUCUUAUUAAUAUCUCAGAGUGCUUUACUUGUAUUAUAAAACUAAGAGAGUAGUUAAGCAUUUUUUAUUAAACCACCUUUCAUGGCAAUUAUCCAGCUUUAAAUGUAUAGUAUGACUAAUAAAGCCGAUAUAACUCCUUCAUGAACGACACUUGGCUAGGGUUACAUUAACAAUACAGCUGUCAAAACUGUCGGCCCUUAUUUCAUAUAGUGAAUGAUUUACAUCUAACAUUUCAAUUAGCCUUAAUGUGACGUACUAUAUUGCAUUUCAUACAAAUUCUGUCAAAGAUUGUGUUUCAUGUACAGCCCGUCUAACAUACAUUGGCUUUUAUUUAUUAUCACACCUCUCAUAAACGAUACCGAUCCAGAGUGCUUUCCAUAUUUGAUACAGCAAUAGGCUUUUAUUGCAUAUAGCACCUUUAAACACACAAUAUCCCAUAAUGCUUUACUAGUGUAUUACAUAUACAUUAGAAAUCAGUGUUUCUGUAUAUGGAAGAACGAAUGUUAACAGUUGAUCUUUAUUUGCUGCAGCACCAUCCAUACUGAAUGAACUCCAAAAUCAAUUUCCAUCUAUUAUACUUGAAAGCAUAUCCAGUUGCAGUCUGUUUUUGACAUGGUGCGCAUAUUACACAGAAAAAAAUCCGCCUUUUUGUUUUGUUUAAAUACUUCACAGGAAGUAUUU